AUGUCGUAUCCUAAUGCCCUAUCAGCCUCAAGGUCUUCAGGAUUCCUCUCUCCUGGGGGGAAGAAGACCCGAGUUCGUCGCGAGCCAUCAGGCGUAUUUUCUCUAUUUCAACCUCUACAAGUCCAACAGUUUAAGGAGGCGUUUAGCUUAGUUGACCAAGACGGGGACGGAAUCGUCACUGAACCGGAUCUCUUGGCUAUGUUUGGGAGCCUAGGUAUCGUGCCCAGCAAAAAAAUGCUGGACGACUUACUGAACGCACGUCCUGGUCAGGGUGCAGGAGCGUUCAAUGAGGGAAAAACGAAAGGUGUCAACUUCACCAUGUUUUUAACGAUGAUGGGAGAGCAUCUGCUAGAACUCGAUUCGGAAGCCGAAUUACUGGAGGCCUUUGAAUCAUUCGAUGAGAACGAUGAUGGCAAGGUUAAAUGCGAUGAGAUACGCAAAUGGCUAAGCGAAGUCGGGGACCGGAUGGACCACACUGAGAUCGACAAACUAUUGAAAGGGCCAUUCACAGAUCGUCAAGGGUACUUCAAUUACCGAGAAUGGGUCAAAGUAUUACGGGUGAAUGCAGACGAAGAUGAGGACAGUGAUGGCGUGAAGUUAUAA